UUACCUUAUAUUUUUCAGUUUAGUGAAGUACUUUCACUACUUAUUACAGUCUUAACUUUUAUGUCAUGCCUAUCAUAACAAAUACCGAGUACCGGAUUAGGUACUAGGUAGACAUGCUCUUUUUCGAUAUUUUUCAACUUUGAUUGGAUUAAGUUGUAUAAUGUUGAAAAUUAUUGUAAUGUCUAUGGUGAUGUACAUAAUACUAUUAAUAGCGGCAAAAGUCAAUUGUAAAUGGAAAACUGCUACGCCCUCGAUACACAGUAGUCGCGUGCGAUCAACUUCGGAAGGUUUUACCAGUUCUUGUGCCGUAAUCGAAGAAGGCGUUCCAGUGUGCCAAGAUCCCGAGGAAGCUAACGAGAAUUUUCAUAUGCUAUCCACUACGCGAACGCCGUACCUGAAUAACUGGUUCGACGGAGUUCGGGACGAUUGGAGGUCCGCAACAGGAAGUAGUAGUCGUCCUGUAAGCUGGUGGUGGCGUUUCAUCGGCCAACUAAAACGGAAUCUUGAGAAAAAAGACCAGGUUUCAUCAACGACUAUGACUGCGGUUCGGAACGACGAGUCCCUGAUACCGGAAACAAUCGUCACGUACUCGAUUAAGGGUUGCAGCCCCACAGUAGUACCGUUCGAUUUGUCGGCUUGCAGCAACUUACCACCGGAUGCGCCGCACCAUGUCAGCACCACGCGGGUAAUUUACUACGUGCCACCGUCGUCGAGGAUCGACAGUUACGACCAAACCGACUUUGACCAAUGAUUGAUGUCUGUCAGUCAUAACAUAAUUAAUAAUAUUUAAAUUGCCAUUAUCAAAUAUACUAUCGUACAAAAUUUAUAGUAUUACGAUGUUGUAAUAAAGUUGAUACGCCACAAUAUUAUUCGAUAAUGUUUAAAGUGUUUAAGUAUUAUAUUUUAUUGAAACAUAACACAAUACUACUGAUAUUUAUAA